AUGAAGUGUUUCACUUGGCUAUUUUUUAUUUGCAUUUGUACAUUUGUUAAUGUCCUUAGCAAAGAAGACGUUCUCUCUGAGAAAAUUCAACAACUAACGGACUGGUCGCUUAAGAAGCCGAUUAUUCGCUUAAAUAAUGAACGUUUCAAACAUUUUGUAAAAACUGCUCCGAGAAAUUAUUCGAUGAUCAUCAUGUUGACUGCACUUUCACCACAAAGACAAUGCGGUGUGUGCAAACAAGCCCAUGAUGAAUUUCAAAUCGUCGCACAAAGUUAUCGAUAUUCAAGUGCAUUUACAAAUCGACUCUUCUUUGGUAUGGUCGAUUUUGAUGAUGGACAGGAAGUAUUUCAAUACUUGAAAUUAAACUCUGCACCAGUCUUUAUUCAUUUUCCACCAAAAAUGAAACCAAAAAAGAACGAUUUCAUGGACAUUAGUCGAUCAGGAUUCUCUGCCGAACAAGUCGCUAAAUGGAUUCAAGAUCGUGCCGAUGUUCACAUUCACAUUUUUCGCCCGCCAAACUACUCGGGAUUUUUGUUAGUCGUAUUACUUGUUACAAUGAUCGGUGGUCUUCUCUACAUCAAACGAAAUAGUCUCGAAUUUCUCUACAAUCAAGUCGCUUGGGGAAUGUUUGUCAUUUUGGCUAUUUUAAUUUGUAUUUCGGGACAAAUCUGGAAUAGUAUUCGAGGUUCACCAUUCUUACACCGUAAUCCGCAAACCGGCCAAAUUGGUUUAUUUAGUGGAAGUUCAGGAUAUCAAUUCAUCGCCGAAACUUAUGUCGUCUUCGUACUCUAUUUCGGAGUUUGCGGCGGUAUGAUCUUAUUGAACGAAGCACCCAAACUAACCGGUCAAACUGGCAAACGUAAAGCCAUGACAGCUGUUCUCGGCAUUUUAAUGGUCGUGUUCUUCUUCAGUUUCUUACUUUCUGUAUUUCGAGCUAAAUAUCAAGGAUAUCCAUACAGCUUUUUAAUAAAAUGA